UGGACUUGAAAUGGGAAUGUUUCCUGGGAUGGAAGAAGAACACUUGCUGAAGCUUAACCUUCUGUCACUCAACAUUGCUUGAAGAAGGGAAAGCGAUGACGCUCAGCGUUCUGAACUGUCAGUAGCGUUGUAGUCGCGUCGCGUCGCUGCUAGUGCAGAUUGUGGCGUAUUCAGUGACACACACACAAACACACCUGUCAUUCUCACACGCGGAAGAGCAGAGAAACGUGUCGUGACAGUAAACACCUGGGGUUAUCUUAAUACAGACUGUCAAUGGCGCGUCUGAAAGCUUCAUGACAUCGCGCGUCGCGUUCUUCAGACAGCGAAGAUGAGAGUUGUGUGGAGUUUCAUCUUCGCAGCUCUCAUGCUCUCACCGGUUUGGUGUGAGUCUCCUGAUGCUGAUAGGACUCCCCAUGGAGACUUUGUGCGGUUUGGACAUGUUCCUGACAGAGUGAUGGACAAAUGUAGUGUACAGGUGCAGUAUAACUGCUCCACUGCCUGUCAAAUCGGGGUCGAAAUUGUCAUUUCUACCCCAAGAAAGACAGGGGUGAUAGUCUACAGAAGGACCUGGACUAACCAUAAGAGAUUUGGAAAACCCAGAUCCAGAACGGUUCCUCUGGUGUUUCCUCCAGCUGUGCUGUACCGUAGACACUUUUUUGUCAAGCAGCCACUAGAGACAUGUGAUGUGGUGCUGAGGGCCUGGAUGAUUCAUCUUGUGGAAGAGGAAUUUGGUGUCAGCCGUGCUAAAGGAUAUGAACGAUCUCUUGUGAGAACUUCUACGUCUUUGAGGACACUACCACUCUCUGAACGUACAGCAUGUCCACAGACAAGAUCGGUCUCAUGGGGCGCAUGGCUGAUGUGGCAGUUGACCAAAGAUACUGUGAGAAAGUGUCCACAUGAGUCAGACAUUGUGGAUAUCCUGAAUUUUCCAUUUGCAAGCACCGGUGAGACGUUUGGUAUCAUACAUAAGUUUUCUUCCUUCAGAAAUAGAGAUCUAGAGAGGAGACGCACCCUUGCUCUCAAACAGCCAAGUGUGACCCUGUCAGUGUGGCUGUACUUGCUGAGCUGGUGCAGUCAGUCUGUGUGUGGAAUAAUCAGGCAUGUCAAUGAACACAGGAACUAUGAAAGUCCUCUCAUUAUGCUGUCUGACACAGGCGAUAUAGUGUUGCAGGUGCAAUUGGUUGAUGGAGAGGAUCAGGCACUUACAGCAUACGCAGCUUUACCCCUCCAUACCUGGAUCCGUCUGGACAUCUUCUUUCAGGUUUCAGAGGCAAAACUCACAAUUACAGAGAUCUUACCCGCAGGAAAGACUUUGGAGAGCCCUCAUUUUUUUGAUUUUGAUCAGCCAGUUCAAUUCAAUGACACAUCAGGAUAUUUUGUGAUUGGUGGAUGCAUCUACAUGCAAGGGAUUCAUGGCUAUAUUGGACCAAUCAAAUACUAUCGGUUAGGGUCAGAAAAUGUGACAAACCCCCUGUCCCCUGUUAGGACACUAAAAGAGCUGGACAGACUCCACAGACACUGUGAGGAAAUGAGACAGGUUACUGAAGACUAUCUGCAAGCACUGAGACAAAGCCGAGACAUCUCUAGAGAUGUUUGUGAGUCUUUUUAUGGAGACCUUAAGAGGAAGUUUGAUCGUAGGGAAUGCACACAAACUUGGUCGUGGGACCAGCAAAGAAGAUUCAACCUCACCCUGAGGCUUCUAGAAGAACAUCAGGAGCUCAUAACAGGUCUGGGCAACAGCAACAGACAUUUGCUACGUGUCAGCCGAGUGGUUUACCAGGAUGCGGUAAAGACAAUAGCUAAAGCAGAAGAAUCUGACAGCGGUCUGGAUCUCCUGUCCACUGUAAUUCAGCAGCUUCAGGUGUCCUCCUGCUGGGGUCACCAGCACUCCUCUCUUCUGCUGGCUACCCUGCACCUGUCCGGCCUGGGUGUCCCGGUGGACCUGGAGCAGGGUCAUGUCUAUAGUUUGAUAGGCGGUGUCUCUGAUGACCGUCUUGCUCUGAUGCAUUUGGGAUACAAGCACAUGCAGGGUCUGGACGGUUUCCCCAAAGACCAGAACACAGCUUACGGGUACUACUCCAACAUUGGCACACAGACCAGCAUCGACUGCAAUAAAGUGCAAGACUCUUCGCAAACUCUCACAGAACAUGUUCAUUUAAACAAUGACGACGAGCUCCACACUCAAACAGGCGAGCUGGGCGACAUUGUGCAGUAUUUGAAACACCAGGCUGACAGAGGAGAUGUAGAAGCUCAGAAAACUCUGGCCGGGAUGCUUCUUUGGGGCAGUAAUGGGGUUGAGAAAGACAUUCCAGCAGCAGUCAUGUGGUACACCAGAAGCGCCCUGCAGAUGGUCGAUCCCUCUGCUAUGUACGACUAUGCCAUUCUCCUUCUGAAGGGCACAGGAGUGAAAAAGAACCGAACGCUUGGCCUUGAGCUUCUGGAGAAAGCUGCCAACAUGGGUUCUGUAGAAGCUCUGAAUGGUCUCGGAUGGUACUACAGUAACAUAGUAAAGGAGGAAAGAAAGGCUUAUCGAUACUUUGAGUUGGCGGCUCAGAAUGGCAGUCGUGAUGGGCUCUUCAAUGUGGGAGUCUACCAGUUAAAUGGUGACAAUCCUGACAAACCAGACAGGAAUGAGACUGCUGCAUUCCACUACUUUUUGCAUGCAGCUCAGUUGGGUCACGUGGACGGCGCUGUGCAGUCGGCAUUUUUUCUCUCCACUGGAUCCAUACAAGGAGUGCCAAGAGAUCAAGACAAAGCUGUGCUGCUGUUGAAGCGAGUCAGUGAGAUGAAUGGACAUCUGGGUUUCAUGGUUAAAGACGCACUUCAAACUUAUCAAAGAGGAUCAUGGCAUGAAGCGUUGGUGAAAUAUGCCAUGCUAGCAGAAACUGGUCUCGGUGUGGCACAGCACAAUGCUGCCCAUCUGUGUGAGGUGUUAGGUCACAGUUCUGCCUGUCAGUGGAGGUAUCACAACUACUCCACCUACAAUCACAUCCCUCAGGAAGUUGGUUUGUUGCGGAUGGGUGAUUAUUACAGUGAACUAGCUGAUGUGGCGAAGGCCAUAGACAUGUACAGUACAGCAGCAGUGCAUGGCAGUGCUCAGGGCCUCUUUAAUCUGGCCAUGUUAAUUGAAGAUGGCUAUGACGUUCCUGACAUCAUUAUGCAUCAGAUGGGACUCUCAGCAGCACACAGUGUGAGACGGAGCGCUGUGGUGGCACAUCUAUUAUCCAGGUGCAGGCAGUUUGAGGAUGGGGACGUGACUCCAUGUUCAUUAGUCCUGUGGAGGAUGGAGCUGAUGCGAGCGUGGAGAGACUUCACACACAGCUCUGUUCAGCGUAUUCUGGCCGGCGGGGUUUUUGCCUCACUCACAGUUUUUGUAUUUGCUGUGCUGUUCCGAACUCUUAUGGCAUGUUACUCUGCACUGUACCUGUCAACCAGCCUUUCAUCAGAGAGACACGGUGAACUUGGCGGGCAAGAAAUCGGCGACGGUCCAGUGGAAACCAGAAGAGAGAAUCAACAGCAAAGUUACCAGCCUACAGUUUCACACAAUCCCCUUUCAAUGCAGGAAACAUCAGAUUUAGUCGUAACAGUGACUGGAGUGUGUGUGUGUCUCAUCUUUAUGAUGUUCAUUUCCCAUCUGUUUUGAAAAGAACAUAAGACUGUGCUUCAAGAAGUUACACAUCAACCGUCACUAUCAAUCAACACACUUCAACUCAGGUUACUGCAACUGAACCAGUAUAAAUCGCUUUGGAUAAAAGCAUGAACAAAAUGGCCAGUCAAUUUUUCUCUGAAGAAGAAGAAAUGGCUCAAUAUACAUAUUUAAUAACAGUCUUUUACAAUAUAGGGUUAUGAGAAGCAACAUAACAAAAUCCUAUUUUUAUUAACUCAUAUAAAUGUGUCUGUCCUCCUUUCAUAAGAUUUCACACCUAUUGAGUUUAACUCUGGUUUAAGGGCUUCUCUGACUCUCUCUUUACGUGUGAAAGUAGGCAAGUCUGUUAUGAACCACGAGAGGGUGCCACAGCUCAGGAUGAGCUACCUGAGCUCGAGUCAUAUUUGUUUUUUGUCUUGAGAUUAGGCUUCUAUUCUCCAUUCUCAAAUCGCAAGAGAUUAUUUUGGGAUACUUCUGCAUCCUUGAAAGGAGGGUCACGAUUCACUGCCAUUAUAUGAACCUAUAUUUCUCCUUUUGUGUUCCAAAAAACAAAGUCAAUCAGAUUUGAGCACCAGAAAGAACUGUUGUAUAAAUAUAUAUAAUUGAUUAUUUAUAAUGCCAAUAAUGAAUGAGUCCUAUAAAUGGGUUCGAACAAAGUGUACCUUAUUACUUAUUGCCAUUAUAAAUUGUAAAUGGAUGAAAAUGAGGCUGUGAGGGAUAGAUUUACAGUGUUUAUAAAGGUACUAGUUACUGAAAGUAAGAAUCAUAAUUUAAGUAACUGACAACUUUCAAAAAUGUUUUUGUAUAGCCUUCUAUGCAUUUAUUUGAAAGACGUUUUGUCUGCUGAACAACUGGCAUGCUGUUAAACCACAGUACAACCCACUGAACGCACUGUACUUCUGUCUCUGCAGCCUCAUUUUCAUUCCUGUCAAAAAUAAAAUAUAGUGCUACCCCGACUAAGGUCUAUAUCUUAAUAAAUUAAUUAACAGCAUAUUGCAUUUACUGGCAGUGUUUGGCAACUUGUGGGAAGACGGAUUUUUAGAGAAUUUAUGAUGCUUAUUUUAUAGUAUGGUUGUAUUAGGCAUGUCAAGUAUGACAUGAUAUUUGUCCUUUUGACAUGUUUUUGUGAUUUUUUUUUUCUUUUAAUUUGGGGUGAUGUCAAAAGAUGUAUAGCCUACCUAUCUGAUAUAUAACUCUCAUGAAUUAUAUCAGUUAUUUGAUAGUGUUCAUCCUCUCACUUUUUGGGUGAUCAAUAAUCUUUUGAAUCAUCCCUGCACCCCUGUUUGUUUCCCAUUUCCAUGCCCACUUCUAACAAUAGGAGGCCCUGUGAGCAGGCAAAUGGAUUGGAUUUCACUUUUUUAAUGUGUAAUCUAUUAGCUGCUGUAGACUGUUCCCUGUAAAAGGUGCUGAUAGUGAACAAAAGAGACGGAACAAAAGUUCUGUCUUGACGUCAAAAUCACUAGAGAAAAGUUCCACAGCUUCAUGAUAACAUACAGGAUUGCUUUCUCAACUGACCAGAUUAUUU